UUUUGAGACAAAGCAUGUAUGAAAUAGAAUGGCUGGCACAAUCAUUUAUGUCCUUAUCUUCAGAUAAAUGAUGGAUUAUACUAAAAUUACUUGGAAUUUUCAAGUGAAUUUCAGCUAUGGGUAGGAAAAUACCACGCUGCAAAUGGCAUGCUGUUAGUAUUCUGUAUUGCACCAUCAUCUGAAAGAACUACAGAUUUUGGUCUGUCGGGUGUCUCACAAUUUUCAUUCCAUUUGGUUUUUGUUUGAUAGCAAAACUGUCCAGGUAUCUGCUGUAUAACAAUGCUAGCUAGAAUGCUUGGUUACUAUUUGUGGUGUUUAUCUCCUUUUAUUGUAGUUGAGUGGCAUUUCUCUUAUAGGCACAAAAAAUGGGAAAUAACUGAAGACUACCUCACAGCAGGAAAGUGAGAUCAGAUUGUCAAUGGAUCAGUGAGUGGCAUGACUGAAAACAAGACAAAAAGCAGGCUACAGCAAAAGGAGUGAACUUCGUAUUUUCUCCUUGAAGCUAGGUUACAGCUCAAAAGGUCAAGAUGAUUCCAAAUUAUUCCACUGAAGAAACCAUUAAAAGAAUCCAUGUUGACUGUCCCGUUUCAGGAAGGCACAGUUAUAUCUACAUUAUGGUUCCAACUGUUUACAGCAUCAUCUUUAUCAUAGGCAUAUUUGGGAAUAGCCUGGUCGUUAUUGUCAUUUACUGCUACAUGAAAUUAAAAACAGUAGCCAGCAUCUUUCUUCUAAACCUGGCACUGGCUGACUUGUGUUUUCUCAUAACUCUGCCACUCUGGGCAGCCUACACGGCCAUGGAGUACCAGUGGCCUUUUGGCAACUGUUUAUGCAAGUUAGCAUCAGCUGGGAUAAGUUUCAACCUGUACGCCAGUGUGUUCCUCCUCACAUGCCUUAGUAUUGACCGGUACCUGGCCAUAGUACAUCCAGUGAAGUCCCGAAUUCGACGUACUAUGUUUGUUGCCAGAAUGACUUGCAUUGCCAUCUGGCUUCUCGCUGGUGUGGCCAGUUUGCCCGUCAUCAUUCACCGUAAUAUAUUCUUUGCUGAGAACUUGAAUAUGACAGUCUGCGGUUUUCGGUAUGACAACAAUAACACAACGCUCCGGGUUGGGUUAGGCUUAUCCAAAAAUCUGCUGGGCUUUUUGAUUCCUUUUCUGAUCAUAUUAACAAGCUACACCUUAAUUUGGAAGACCCUGAAGAAAGCAUAUCAAAUUCAAAAAAACAAGACUAGAAAUGAUGAUAUUUUUAAGAUGAUUGUGGCAAUAGUAUUUUUCUUCUUCUUUUCCUGGAUUCCUCAUCAAGUGUUCACUUUUCUGGAUGUAUUAAUUCAAUUACAUGUAAUAACAGACUGCAAAAUCACUGAUAUUGUGGAUACGGCUAUGCCCUUCACCAUUUGCAUCGCUUACUUUAAUAACUGUUUGAAUCCAUUUUUUUAUGUUUUUUUUGGAAAAAACUUUAAAAAAUACUUCCUUCAGCUAAUAAAAUACAUUCCACCAAAUGUCAGCGCACAUCCAAGCCUAACAACAAAAAUGAGCUCCCUCUCAUAUCGGCCACCAGAAAAUAUACGCUUACACACUAAAAAGACUGCUGGGUCUUUUGACACUGAAUGAUGUGUCCUGCAAUAUGCUGGUUUUGAACAACCUGGUGAACGAAGCAGCAAGAAUGACAAAAUUCAUCUGCAGUCCUGAACAUCACAGCUUACUGCUCAUUAUGGAAACAUUAGAUCACCUCAGGGAAAUCAUACUGUAAAGAUUUAGCAGUGGCCUUUUAUUUCACAUUGUGAAGAGGACUGCUGGAUUCUCAUUUUGUUUUUCUUUACUGAAAGCAACAUUAAUGGUGGAAAGGCACAUCACAGUUUCUGCCAGCAUCCUGCCAUUUACUCAGAACUACAGACAAAGGGUAGAGAAAACUCCUAACUUAAGUUCAGAGGUCUUUUUUAAAGAAAAAGCUUGUAUAAGUUACAUGAAUUAUGAAGGACCUCUUUUGCGCUGAGAUGAGCUAUUCUGAAUUUUGUUCAAGGAGCUGAUGGAGCUACACUGCUUGUUUUGUUGUUUUUUGGUUUUGUUUUUGUUUUUUUUAAUGACGUCAUAUUGUCAUAUUUAUAAUGUAUUUUCAAAUAUAUGCUAUAUAGAGAGGCCAAAUUUUAAACUCAAAAGGAAACUUAAGGUCCUUGAAAUUAGUCUCAUUCUGAUUUAUGCUACUAUUUUAAAUUUUAAAAUGGCAAAUUUUUUCAUAAUAUAUGCAAUAAAAUGCAGAUUUAUUUAUUAAAUAUAGAUGAAAUAUAUUUUUAAACCUAUAUUCCUAUUUGGUUCUCAACCAUUGCUUCAUAAAUGUACAUCUAUAUCCCAGUGAGUAUUUUUAUAGCAGUAUAAAAGUAUAUAUAUACACACACACAAAAGAAACAGGGUUCACUCAGUCUUUCUUCGUGAUAUGACACACUGACUUUGAAGAACAUCACUUAUGGAGGUGGUUGACUCCAUAGUCUUAGACUAAAAGUAAAAUUCUGUAUUUGAAAAGGAUUUCUGGGACAGAGGUGAUCAGAAAACAAAGCUGUGUUUGUGUAAUAACCAGUGCACUCAGCAAGAGAAAUUACCAUCUAUUCAGUUUUUCACAUUCCUGGACAUUAAAUAAAUUCACGUUCUGAUAAGCAAAA